AUGAACAAUAUCUCAGUGGUGACUGAAUUUAUUCUUCUGGGUUUCUCUGGCUCAUGGAUGCUUCAGUUCUUCCAGUCUGGGGUUUUUAUAGUCAUGUACCUGUCAGCCAUGAUGGGUAAUGUCCUCAUUAUUGCCAGAACAUCUUUGGACCCAUGCCUCCACACACCCAUGCACUUCUUCUUAAGGAAUCUGUCUUUGUUUGACCUAUGUCUCAUUUCAGCAGUUGUGCCCAAAACUGUUGUCAACUCUUUGACUUACAGCAAUUCAUUUUUUGGCUGUGUCACCCGACUCCUCCUGGUGCCACUUUCAGCAGUGUCAAAGCUGUUCCUCCUCACAGCAAUGUCCAUUGACCACUAUGCUGCCAUUUGCCAUCCCCUGCACUAUGAAGCCAUUAUGAACGGGGACAUAUGUGUGCAGAUGGCUGCUCUCUCCUGGGUCACUGGUGGUUUGAUAUCCGUUAUACAAACCUUCUCCUUAUCUUACUGUGGACUCAACGAAAUCCAACGUUUCUUCUGUGACAUUCCCCAGUUGUUAGCUAUUAUUUGCUCAGAGAAUAUAACUGCAGAUAUUGUGUUCAUUCUCGUUAAUGCAGUUGUGGAUUUCUGUUGCUUUAUCUGCAUAAUAAUCUCAUACAUCUAGAUCUUCUUCACUGUCAGAAAAAUCCCAUCUGCAGAAGGGCAGUCAAAAGCGUAUUCCACUUGCCUCCCACAUCUGGUUAUUGUUGCACUUUUUCUGUGAAUUGCUUUCAUUGCCUACCUAAAACCUAUGUUUGGGUCUAUAUCAUUCACUGAUCUCAUUUUAUCUUCUCUAUAUAUUUUGUUGCCCCCUUUUCUUAACCCCAUUAUAUACAGCCUAAGAAACAGGGCCAUAAAGGUAGGUUUGGAGAAGUUGAUCACCAGAAAGCUCUUGACAAAGGAAAGUAUUCUUCUUUUUCUCCAAGAAUAG